AUGUUUGGCUGCUUGACGACGCUUCUGCUUCUGCGGGCAGCGAUAUCGUCGGCGACAUCGCCAAAGGUCGUCGUCUACUCCUUGACGGACCUUUGGGAGGAGCGAGGUCUGGCGGAGCGGCACCUCUUUCCGAGCAAGAACUCGGCCGUCUACCCGGCCUUCGUCGCUCUACCAGCUCCAGAAGGCUUCAGUCGGGUCCACCUCUCCAGAGGCGCCGUAGAAGAUCUGGUCCGGAACCUGACCGCUUCUGAAUACCUUGUCCAUUCGGUCUGCUCCUACCGCCAUUUGAAUGUCACGUUCUUCGCUGUCAACACGGUCAGAGGCGCCGGUUGGUCUGAAGUGCUUAUCGACGCCAAUAUGUCCGUGGUCGAAGAGAAAAUGGCCGAGAUGACCGCCCGACGCGUCAAAGUCAACUUUAUUUGCGUUGGAGCGCAGAAGGACGCCUACAGGUUAGAAAACUUUUCAGCAAAAAAGUGAGAACAAGAUUGAGAAUGUAGGUUGGAGUCGAGAUUGUGAUAUUGAUACGCACUUUUUUUGUUAGCUCGAUUCAACUAUGUUCCCAAGUUGAUUCUAACUUCAAUUUGAGUUCUCACAGCAUUUCCUAGUAGAGUGUGAGACCAGGAUUUGUGAUCUUUCUUGUCUGGAUCGUAAGAACUGAUAAAACUAUCGAUAAUCUUUAGGAACUGAGUCAAAUGUAGACUUUCUUCUAAUUUGGAAUGCAGGAAGUACAGUCGAAAGUAGCCCAAACCCGAAUUUUAAUCGACAUAUAUGAUCCCAAAAUUCUCCCUACAUCUAUUUCGUGAAAUUUAGUACUUGUGUGUGAGAAAUAAAACAUUUUGAUUGAUUGAGUUCGAGAAAAAAAUUUUUUGCGUAAUUUCAAGGGACAACUUUUCUGAGAUAAAAAUUAUCAACAGAGCAAUUUUGAAGCCAAAAAUUAGCCAAUCGAAAUAUGCGAACUCGAAAAUCUAUUCUAACUGGUUCAACGCGCUUAUCGAAAAAUGAGUCUCUUCAAAAAAUAUAUUCAGUGGAGCGCACUUUCACUUAAUUUUCGGCCUUUGAAACUACAAAAUUGCUUAUUUUCAGUAACGAAUAAUUGGAAGACCCCUCGAAACUUAUUCACAACAAUUCCUUCUCUCUAUCUCUCAAUCAAAAAAAAAACGGAAAAAAAAAUUGAACCCGUGACAAUUCCAUCGCCCUUUGAUUGAUCGUCCCACCAAAACCUAUCAUUCUGUUAUUUUGUCAAUCCAUGAUUUCUGGCCUUUCAGUGCUGUUUGGCACCAUUCCAACGAGUUCGUCUGGCACUAUGUCGUCGAGUCAGGCCCGGUCAACGACAUCAUCGACCGCGACGCGUUGCAGUUGCGUCGCGGCUAUUAUCCGGAUUGUUUUCAGGUCUCGAACUACUUAUACGAAGAAAAAAGUGAAUUUUCGUAUACAGGUUUAUCGGGAGGAUAAUUCAAGUAGAGCGAUCGUCAUUUGGAGAAAAGGAUUUGGGAAAAGGUAAGGAAUAUGAAAAAAAAAAAAACAAAAAAUAAAGCCAAAAACUCCAUUCUUCGUAUCCAGAUUUCUCAAAAUAUCUCAAAAAGUUUUUUGAAAAGUAACCAUAUAUAAAUAUCUAGUUAGUUACAACAUUUUCUUCAAUUUUUUCUAAGCCGCAUUUGGAAUGGCUUUUGUCGCUCAAAUCUUCCGUUUUUUUAGCGCUAUUUCAUCACUAUACCUUGUGUGAUGGAUCAAAACAAAAUAUGACUUCAUUUAUAUUUUUGAAAGGUUUUGCGUAGUUCGAAACAGAGAAAGAAUGGAGAGAAGACUCUACAAAAAACCGGGUUUUUUUUUCGUAAAUCCUAGAAAUUCAUUGUCGAGUUUACUGCUUCAGUGUAAAAAUUUAUUUCAAAUCAUAUUUUUCGGACAAUCAUGACCUCACUGCCAAAAAAAAUUUUAAAAAGUUAGUUUUAAAAAAAUGAUAAAAAAAAGAAGCGCAUUUGAAAUGGCCUUGUCUGUUUCAAAAAAUAUAUAAAUGACAGGUACAAGCUGCAGUACGGAACUGAGCUGGAGGAGAUGGUUUCCCACAUGAAUAACACAGAUCUGACCCCAGUACAACUAGCAACUCUGCCAAGGUUCGUAGGAAAGAUAAUGAUUCGAAAAUUUGAGCGAAAAUGGUAAAAUGCUUUCAAUUUGAGACCCUCCAUAUCUCAAAAAGUAGGGAUUGUGUAAGUUGAGACUCACAGGAUUUAAACCUAGCCCAUAAAAAUGUUCUGACCAACUUUCAGAAAAUCCCCAACGCUAAAAAAAAUAACGUCUGUGAAAAGAUCAAUUAGCACAUUUUUUUUCGUCAAUCAUUCCAAAACCCAUACAACAAGUUGGAUUCUCAUGUUUCACGGCAUACUGUAGUUAAGACAGGCUCGUCGGCGGCAUUGGUCAUCUACAGAACUGUCGAUGAACCAAUGGCUUCUCUGGCACGGCGACGAGUUCUCCUGGGCAAAUUCUUCAAUCCCUAAAAAUUCGCACAACAAUUUUUGGACUAUUCUCGACGAUAUGAUCGAACACAGGGUAAGAAAAGUUACAGUACUAAUUUUAAAUGAAGAUGAAUCCAGAUGAGAAGCUACGACAUUCCUUCGGUUUCAAUUUUCGUGAUGAAAGAUGGCAAAGAAUUAUAUUCUGCGGCCUACGGCUAUGUCGACGUCAUCAAGAGAGUCGAGGUCAGUGACGUCAUUUUUUUAAAUGAGAACUAAGCAUAAUGACGUCAUUAUGUUUCCUUAAAAAGGAAGUUCACGAUUUCAGGCCACUCCAUCCCACCGUUACCGGAUCGCCUCUGUGAGUAAAUUAAUCACAGCGAUUGGAAUCGGAGAACUCGUCGUGAAGUACAAAAUCGAUCUAAUGCAGCAGAUUUUCGCAGAAAAUGGUGUGAAUUUCAAAAAAUUUAUGUUUGAAACAUUUCUUUUCAGGACUUUUAAGUGAAUUCUGCCAGCCGUGUCAUCCAUUUUUGAAAAUGAUCCGGAUAAUCAAUUUACUGGAGCAUUCAAGCGGCGCCUGGCCUCACACGAAGAAAUUCGAGUUUGAGAGGUGGGUUUGGCUAGGGACAUUUCGAAUGAAGUUUCAAGGAUCAUAAGCUUUUCUCUGGAAGUUAAAAGGGCAUAGUUGCUCCAAGUUUGUUUCAAAGCCACAGGAAUCAUAUCGUUCUAUUCACAUAGUGCGUUUUCUACCAAAUUUCAAGCCGCAUAAGAAUAUCUAGCAACCACACGGCAUUUUAAAGGCACAGGCUCCUUGUUCUGGAACUUUAAAAGCGCAUGAACCUCACCCCAACUCUUAUUCAUCGUUAUAAUACCGCUCAGAAGAGCAGUCCACUGGCGGAUUCCAAAAAUUGGGUCCCGCCGCGGUCAUCAACCGUAGGAUUACGGUAUUUCACGCUCGCGGACCGCCCGUCUCCCGUUCAUCGCGGUUGGCGUGUGUGCCAUUUUGAUGGGGAUUGCGAGAUACAUACUGCAGAAAUGAUUCUGUAUAGUAUGGUCUCGGAGAUGGCGUCGCGGCGUGGUCACUCCACUUUCUCGUGUCUCCGACUCGCGCCGGUUUGCGCGUCGUUGAUGGGGGUGCGAUUUUUUUUUUCGCAGGAGCAGUUGAUUCACUGCGGGCUUCGGACUCGAGACGAGUGAUAUUACUUCAAAAAAAAAAAUGAUAGUCUUUUGUAUCAUUUUGUAGAUAAAAAUAAAUGAAAAUGGUAGAAAAAGUUGCAUGAGAAAAGCAGGUUCCGAAUUAUUAAAAUUAUUUGAAUAAUCGCACGCUUAGAAAUUCCCAAAGAAGCAUUUUUUUUUUCAAACACAAGACAUUCUAAACUUCAGCCAUCAUAUAAAUUGAGAUAGAAGCCGAGAAAAAUCAAAAAAGUUGCAGGAUGGAGCUGAACCAGACCGAAUUCCUAGCUCGAGCGGUUCAAGAAGAACUUCCACAAUUCCAACCAGGAACGCGACAUCUUUACUCCAAUAUUGGCUAUAUCAUAUUGGGAAAGAUUAUUGAAACGGUUUUUCUUACAAAAAAUUGGAAAUGCUCAAAAAAUUUGAAGGUAUCCAAUAAAACCUAUGAAGAGUUCGUCAAUGAGAACGUCCUACAGCCUCUAGGAAUUAAUGCGACGAUUGGAAAAGACGGCGAUUCGGGUGUUGAGGUUUAUUUGUUAUUUUAAAACUUGAAACAAGAAAAGCUAGAUCUCCAACAAAACAAAAACUUUCAAAAAAUUAUAAAAACCACAUGAAAUCCAAAACUCUUCACAGGAAUCGAACCUAGACCAGGACGACCAAAAAUAGAUCUUAAUUUGUACUAUAUAUCACGCAGGUACGCAUUCAUUAGGCUUGAAAUCUUUUUUUUUACGUUCAGGAGUUGGAAAAUUUUCACAGAAUGGAAAAAAAGAGAAUAAACGAUUCGCUCUUAUAAAAUCAAAGAAAAACCUUGAAAUUUCCGGUCUUUCAGAAAAAAAUCAAAUAAUUUCAACUGAAUCUACCUUUCUGGUUAAAAAAUUAAUUUUUUGUUCCAACUGAAUUGAAGAACUCUAAUGGAAAUUAUGCGUAAAAUUAAAAAAAAUUGUGUUCCUAAGUGGUAAACCAUUGCAUUUUUAACUUCUGUGGAAGAAAGAAUCAGAGAACUUAUCAUUAGAGCGCCAAAUAUUGACAAAAGAAUUCCAUUUGAAAAUUUGUUAUAUCGACAAAUGUUGACAAGUGAAUUCCAUUUGAAAUUUUGUUUUUUUUUCUAAAUUUCAUGAAACACAAACCUUGUGAAAUUCAAAUUAUUUUCAGGCCACCUAUUACUCGCAAGACAAUGCAAACGCCUACACUUCUUGGAAUCCAAAACGGAUGAAUUCCGCCGCCGGAUGGUCAAUGACGGCCGAAAAUGUGCCGAUCCUUCUCUUUUUUCUUUUCGAAUCAGUUCAUGCUUCUAGGUCGCCAAGCUAUUCAAAUACUUGGAAAAGAAUAAGCAUAGAAAAUUCCGAUGGUUAGUGACACCGUCAUUCGUCCGUUGGAAUUAUGGACGAGGCGUUCAGUUAGGUUUGAAUGAAAUUUAUUUUUCGAGAAGAAAAAGUGAAAUCUGAAGGAUUCGACGGGAGUUUGUACCAUAUCGGAUCAUUGGCCGGAACUGAAGCGAUCGGGUACAGUUGGGGGAAUGUCCAGGUAACUUUUUUAAGGAAAAACUAAGGGGAAGAAUUUUUCAUAGCCACAAUGACGCUUUCUUUUUAGACAGAAAGAAAAAACCAAUAUAUUCCCCUCUUGGUAGAGAAAUCUUCAAGCACCUCAAGUUUAACGAAAAAUGAACUUUAGAAAAUGUGGAUCUUGAGAAAAAUUGAAAAAAAAUUCGUCGCUAGGACUCGAACCGAAGAAAUAUUUAUCCGAACCUAAAAUCUAACCGGUAGGACCAUCAAGCCUUUACUUACUCAAAUUUACAUUGUUUAUCAAGUAAAAAGUAAAAAAAUAAUGAGUUAGAAACUUGAGGAAAAAUGGCAAAAAAGCCAAAAUUCCUCGCCAGGAGUCGAACCAAGAACUAAUUUAUCUAUGCCUGACCCAUUUCUCUAAUAAAACGAAUCAAGUUUCAGUACUAUUCGAAAUUCUCUUACAAGUAUUCGCUAUUUAAGAAAAUUUGAAAUUAAAGAAUGGCAAAAAAAGUAAAAGCCCAUCGCAGGACUCGAACCAACAAGUCUUCAUCUCCAAUUCGAACCCUAACUGAUUCGGCCAACACUGCUAUAAUUAUCCUUUAUAUGGAUUUCCUCGACUAAAUACAGAAAUAAGACAAAAAAAUCCUCCACAGGACCCGAACCAAGAACUCAUUUUCCUCCAUUUUUGACUCUAACCCAUUGCGCCAGCCACCCAAAUGUUUUCCAGGUAGCCAUUCUGACCAACAUUCGAGGCAAGGAGCAGAAUGAGCAAACUGGUUGGAUGGAAAGCGUAUGUCGAUCCAUUGCCGAUGGUCGACUUCGUCAUUAA